ACCUAGAAUCAGCUUUCACAAAAUGCAUAUACCCCAACCUCGCCCGCACUCAAGUCGCCCAUUCACCAUUCACGCCAUGGGGGCAAAGGUGGAUUUUCGGUCUGUUAUUCCUGCCAGUUCCGCCGUGUCCCUCAAAAGAGGGGCGUGCUCACUGGAGCGUCAAGGUAGGGGGUAAAUAAGUGUCGAAUUUCAUUGUCCCCGUUUAGCUGGUGUUUACUCUCGCACAGGUAGUAUGUGCCUGUUAAACUGUGUAUUUCUAAAAUGGAGUUAAACUGACACUAAUGUCUGGCGCUUACAACACCAUAAAACGAUUUUGGAAACGCGUAAUGGAUGUAUGACGUGAGUGGUCGUGCUUGAAAGUGCUCGUUUAUUCGUAACUAUACGGAUUAUAUUUCAUUUUUAGGAGUAUAUUUGAUUGAGACGGUGAGAAGGCCUCUCGUAAUUUUGGACGACGAAAAGGAGGAUGAGGACGACGACCAGGAGAUGACACGAUGACGAUCUAGAUGUUUGCUCCCAGGACGCCACAGAACGGAUCGAGGAACCAACCCAGGACAUCGUCAUCGAAGGCCAAUAAAAACCAAAGCAAGCCAAGAUGUGAGGCUUGGGUUCCCCUUAACGGAUGGGAGCAGAGCGAUGAUGCAGAGAGUGAUGUCUUUUAUCUAGCCAUAGAUGCCUGGGCCAAAAGAAACUCGAAGAUUAAAGCAGAUGCCCCAAAAGGGGUUCCUUCCUCCAAGUUAUGGGAACCUUUCCUGUGCACAACUGACAAUCAGUGCACCGGCAUUCUGGAUUUUGAAGCUUUCGUGAAUGUCAGCCUGAGCUUGCACAAAGACGUUGACGUGAAGCAAGAGGAAUGUCGGCAAGAUGAAAAGAACAACUUCGGCAGAGACCUUAAAAAUGAUUCAAGUAAAACGACCAAAGCAGAUGCCAAGGAUGAUGGUAUUGGGAAUGAGGUUGCCGAAGUUAAGAUCCAGAAUGAACAACCAAGCAAAAUGUGCCAAUCGGACAAGAAAGAACAUGACCAAUCAACCAAAGAGGAGAAAUGCAAUGAGGACGAGAAAAUGAAGAAUCAUUUGAACAAGACGAUCGGUACUGAUACUAACAAGGAUGACAACUCGUGCAAGGAGAAGAUAGUCCACUUGGACACACCCGACAAAGUUACAAAGGAUUUUAGAAACGUAGAGCACAAAGAUACACAGUCCUCGGAAAACCUUGGUUUGGGCAGCCAUGAUCCUAGACCUUUGGAGGGUGCGGAUGGUGAGGUAGUCAGCAGUGAAGGUGUACCUGACUGGAACGCACGCAAUGGUGCAUCUCACAGCGCCCCCGUGUCUCGAACGCAGCAGAGAGAACCGUUAAAGAGACGUCUCGGGUCUGCAGGGACCAAAUCUGCAGAGGACAGACUUCGAAUAACAGCUCUUAAGAAGGCCACAAAGACCAAGGUGAACUCAAAGAAAGUGUCGAUCCCAGCCAACCCAGUAAAGAUCUCGUACGCACAUUCUGGAAACGCUCGGCCAGGUAUCUUUGCUGGUGACCUACUUAUGGGUGAGAUGUCGGACAGCGCUGAGAACACUCAUAUUGAAUCGCAGAUAGAUGAUACCCCGAGAAGGACCUCACUGGAUAAUCGGUUGUUGAUCGAGGAAGCCAUCAACGACUCAAAGAAGAUAAACUACAUGACAAAGACUUCUGUGGUCAGCAUUGGCGACCUAUUAUCCACUGCACCCCGUCUCGAAAGGCGGCUGGGGAAACAUAGUAAAGGUCGUGAAUCCAUGUAUGCUGCCAUGGCGAACGAAAACGAGGAUGCUUCCUCAAGAGACUCCUUUGGUACAUUGUCUUCAUCUCCUAGGCCGCCUGAAGACAUCAGAUCACCCUCUACCUCCAGUCUUCCACCUGUCCCGGUGACGAGCAGACAUACUACACCAGUAAGAGAUGUCCACUCUUCGGAGGGGCGGAAGCCUGGUUCCAAGCAGGCAGUAAACCUCCACUCCGCCAAGAUCCCUGUUAUAAGCUACCGAAAAGGGGUAAGCAGAGAUUUUGAAAUGGAUGAGGAGGGGGAUAAAGCCAAUCGAGAAAGGGAGACGGAUCUGGCUGAUGUGCGUUAUAUCAAGUAUACCGACAGCAUAAUGAGUGCAAUAGGAGAAUCUACCGUGGACAUGGACAAAAACUUAAACAAUAGGCUCCUCAAGUCCGCACUGUCACGGGGAAAGUCUCGGGUGCACUCGGCCGAUCAUGUCCGUCAGAUUCCACAGGUAAACGAUACAACAACUCACCAAACAACGAAAUCGGGCGGGAAAAAAGAUGAGCAAAAAUCAAAGCUUCAAGUUGAAUGCGAUCGUGAUAAAAAUCGCUUAGUCUCACAAGUUCUUGGUAAACAUAGAUCUAUGAGGCGAGGUCCACCAGCAUUUCGUCCACAAAGCUUCAAGACACCUCUUCAGCGGGCGGUGGAGAAUGCUCAUAAAAGGAUGUAUGGUCAGCACUAUUAUCUUUUCAACAACUCAGGGGCAUCGGGUACUGAGAACGGAGAAGACAUGCGCAAUGGCAUGGAAAGUGCAAAGACUCUCCGAGCUCAAAGUGCAAACGGAGAAACAACAAAUGCUUACGUCUGGAAGGAGAAUAUCGAGAGUCAACAGCGACACAGACGCAAGGCCUAUUCCGGAACAGAGAAGGCUCGAGCUAAGACUACAAACGGUCACGCUGGAUACAACGUCUCAGACUUCAAACCUAACUUCAGGAGAGAUACUCUCAAAACAGAAAGAAGGAAGACAAUACAGAGAUGACAACAUCCAAACUUGGUUCAUCAGGACUAACAAACGAUGCUGAUGUCGGUCACCUUGCUGAGGGCAGUCUUCGGGUCUUCGGUGCCGCAGCCCAGUGAGGAUGACUUGGUGGCUCUUGCAUGCUCGGAGAGAAAUCUUGACCAUAAUGUAAAAGGCAUCCAGAACGACAGAACGCAAAGAUUUUGCAUCUUCAGACAUGCUUCUAAAUCUUUCAGACUGAAUAGUCCGUAUUCUGAACUCAGGUUUGAAUUAAAUCUGGUUUAGAGAUGGGAUUCAACUAUGGAUAGCCAGUCGUGACAUAAAUCCGUAAUGGUAGGGGUUCAAUAUUUCAGCUCAGUUGACUCUGAAAUCAUUCUGAACUGUUUGGGAAGGAUGAAGAAGAUAGUUGUAAUACCAAUUAAGAAAGAACACAGUAAACAUGAGAAGCAAAAUUUUGACGUGUUUGGCUUCCCAUAAUUUUAGCACAGAGUUAGACCAUGGUCUAAUUCAAACCCGACUUCGGAAUACGAGCCUAUAAAUAUAGUUCCAUCGUCUUACAAUUCAAUUUUCGACCAGACUGUUAAAUAAAUGGCUAAACGUCGAUAGGUUUGUUGCAUGAGAAUGCAUGACACCAUAAGAAAGAUUUCUUCCUGUUGAUUAGGAGAAGUAUCCCUUCAAAAGGAUGGAAAGUAUAUACAAAAAGACUACAAGAUUCUAAUGGAAAUAAUAGGUAUAUUGACUGUUUAUGGAUUAAAAUCGCAUGAAAACAUAUAUAGGACCAUUAUAUUAGUUGGAUAUUUAAUCCUCGGGCUUCAGAUAAACCUUUAUAUAUUUAUUUUUUGUCAUUCAAAAUUACAAAAUUUGUAGAGAUUGUAUUUCACAGAUUCCAAUUCGAGUUCAAAUCAAAGGUCACUGACGAUCAAUGCAACAGUUUUUUUAUCAAUGUUCUGACACUAACGCAAACUAAAUCGAUUUUAUACGUUUUCUUUGAUUGAUUAUACUCCACAAUACUAAUCAAUAUCAUCAAUGUCCCUUAAAACCAAUAUUAUUGAUAUUCAUAUUGUGGGAUGCGUUUAAAUUUUUUCCAUAGAUAUAUACAUCUCUAUGAUUUCUUCUGGCUCUCAAAGUUUCCUUAAUUUAUAAAACAAAUAACAAAUCUUAUUAAUUCAAGUGAAAUGCUGCUAUCCUGUCGUAUUACACAGUAAAAAAAUAGCACAUUGUUUAAGCCCGUCACUUUAACAACAAGUUGUUUAAACUUUUUGCAAUUGUUUAUACUUUGUAAACAACUUUUUUUUUAAGUUUAAACAGUUGUUGUUACAUUGACGGGCUUAAACAACGUGCUUAAAAUUUUGAACAGCGUUUUUACAGUGUAUAGCCUACUUUUUAUCUGUCGUUGAUUAUCAAAAGUAAAGUUCCAAUCUUUUUCUCAGUAUAGCGCCAUCUUGUGUUGUUAGUUCACGAAGGAAAGCAAUAUCCAAUUUGAAAUGAGUGGGUAAAUGCAAGGGCAACAUGUGAUUGUGAAGGGCAAGACUUAUGCCUGUUAACAGAUGUAUAUUCUUCCAAAACGCCACCAUAUCUAUCAACAAGAAUAAAAUAACUCGAUGACCAUCUGUUUUCUCCUUGACCAUCAUGACCAUAUGAGAUUAAAUUUGUCUGGAUUUACAGGAUGUGAGCGAAUGAAAUCUUACUGACUCUAUCUUUUAAUCUCCACGAUGUUUUUAAUCCCCCAAACGCCUUCUAGAAGUUCAAUUAGCAGCAAGAUAUCCAAUGAUCGAAUAAGUUGGUCAUGUGAUUUCUACUAUUUUCAGGCAAGCUAAGUUAUUUCUCGUGGUGAAAAAAUAUGAACUUUGGAAACUUGACUGCUUUCGAAAUCCCGUUCCAUUGAAAAUUAACAUUUUCUUUAAUUUUCAAUUCUUGUGUUUGCCCGUUUUGGGUUUGUUAUUGCUUUCCUUAUUUUGUUACGAUUUGCAUAAUAUUAUUUCUGAAACAGUCUAUGUGUUGUUUAAAUCUUUAAGAUGUACGAGGUCUCGUCACUUUUAUAAGUAUCAUGUGCAAUAUAAUACUUUGCAUUUUGGCUGAACUUACACUAUUUCAGCAUAAUAAUGAUUUCUAUUCUACCAAUGGGAAGGAAAUGAACGAAGAGUUGGCCAACGAUGUUGCAGCAAUCUUCUCCGAAUAUGUUUUGUUUAUGUUGUUGUUUGUCCUAAAUUCUGAACAGAAUAUACACUAAAGUUUGCCCUCAUUUUACGUGAGUUUUUGAAAGAAUUAUAGGCUCUAUACCGAUUCUUAUUUUGGGGUUCAAUACUUUCGUCUGUAGUUCUUUGAGAUUUUGCUAUUUCCUUCGCCAUGUUAGCCUUAGUUUCUUUCAAUGUUGUUGAUGCGACCCGUUUGGAAAUUUGGAUCGAAUCGAGUCAUGAUAAUAAAAAAAUCAAAUAAAACAUGUGCAUGUUUAGGUGCACUGUUAGGAAAAACAAGAAGAUUUUACAGAAGAACAAUUAAAAACAGAUUUUACAGAAAGAUAUAACCAAACUAUUCUGUAAAUUGUUAUAACAGGAAAGAUUUUCUACAAUUUUACAGAACAGGUCUGUUUCAAAAAAAGAGAAAAAAAAGUUUUAUUACAAUAGAUAUGUAAGGUUACAUACACCAAAUUCCAAUUUUCUGUAAUUUUACACAAAUGCAUGUAAGAUUACACAGUGAAGUAAGAUUACAGGUGUUCUCGAGACUCUGCUGCAGGAUUUAUUAUUUUUAAGUAGAAAUUGUUUAACAGUGUGGUAUAGUUUUGUAUGAAAAAGAAAUUGCCACCUCGCCAACCCUUUCACCCCGUUCCCUUUACCGAACCUCCCCCUCCCCUCCCCCACUCAUCCCCCCCCCCUACUUCACCCUUCGGUCAACUCUUUUUAAAGGGGAAGUUCACCCUGAAGAAAAGUUUAAUGUACAAAUAGCAGAAAUAAAUAAUACAAAAAUAUUGGUGAAGGUUUGAGGAAAAUCAAUUAAAGAUUAAUAAAGUUAUUAGAAUUUUAAGUUUUGGAUAUGUGACGUCAUAAACGAGCAGCUGCCCCUUUAUGUUAUGUAAUAUAAAAUGCAUGAAUUUCAAUUUUUUAAUGGUUCGUGAAGAAUGAUUUUGUUUUCUUUUUAGAAACAUGUGUGAAAUUAUUUGUCUAUUGAUAAAGUAUAAACCAUUUUCAAUUUUCUGAGAAAAUGAAAUUUAAUUGAUUUUUUUGUCAUACGAUACGUAGGAAAGCUGCUCGCUUGACGUCACAAAUCAAAUAAUUGAAAUUCUAAUAACUUUUUUAUUCUUUGAUGGAUUUUUCUCAAACCUUUGAUAAUAUUUUUUGUUAUUUUUUCUGGGUUUUUUUUACAAUAAACUUUUUGUCAGUGUGAACUUCCCCUUUAAAAUGGGAUGUGAUUCAUUCUGUAAAGAGAAAAUGACCAAGAUUAAUUCCAAUUUUAGGAAUAUGAGAACUUGAUUCCAAGGUAACACGUUCCCAUUUAUAUUAAGUAUCGUGUUGAACUAACGGUUAAUCUUAUUUCAUGUCUUUGAAAUGUGAGUGUUGGUAAUAUGAAUUGUAUCCAUAUUACUAUCAUUAUGCUUGACCACUUCAACUUGUCAAGAAUUUAGACUUAAUAAAUUCUUAAUUCUUAACAAAUGA